AUGGCACAAGAUGAACGAGUUACGUCUAACAGGAUGACAAUCUACGAGAAAGCAAAGAUAAUCGGAGUGAGGGCGUGCCAGCUUGGAGACGAUGCAGUGGCAUUUGUAGACGUAACUGGAAUGACAGAUGCGAUGGAAAUAGCAAAGAAGGAGCUGAAUGAGAAGAAGCUGCCGUAUAUAAUAAGAAGGAAGCUUCCAGAUGGGUCACAUGAAGAUUGGAAGCUGUCUGAGAUGCUUAUUCCUGACGUAGACUACGACUGA